GGGGGCAGGUGGGAGCUUGUUUGGGGGCAGGUGUGGCAAGGAGGGUGGGUUUGGGACAGGCCAGCUGGGGGUGAGGAUACCCGGCUGAGUGGAGCUGCCUUGCUGGUAGGGAGCAGCCUAGCUACAGGCGAUAAUCCCAGGAGGUGGUAGGUGUCUGCUUGAGCUAACUCUUGUGCAACUGGCCUGACCAAAUGGGUGCGUUUCAGACUGUCUGCCCUUGGCCGAACUGUAUCCGGUUUAUGGCCAGAAGAGGGGGGGGGGGGAAAUAAUCUCAUGGGCCAAGCACAUGGCCUCCCGAGCUGUAGUCUUGGCUUUCAGUGGUGGGUUUUCAACUUGAUUACAGCUGGAGGAAUUCUAAACAGUCCACCUCUUCUUGUCAUGGUGUUUAAGUGUAUUGUGCUCCUGUCUGAACAGAGGAAAUCACUGAGGCUACGGAGAGCUAAAUGGUAACGCAGGAGAAAGAGAAGUGUCAUUAAAGGGCCUGUGCUCUGAUGAAACCACCACCCCAGGAUCCAGGGUACCCAAUGGCAGCCAGCAGCUUGUAGACACCAACGUGACCCCAAAGCAGACUGUGAAGGCCAGUGCUUUGGGGAAAGCUGGAAUCAAAACCAAGAACUUCAUUCAGAAAAAUAGCAUGGACAAAAAGAAUGAGAAGUCCUAUGAAAAUAAACUUAGAGAAAGCCAGUCCUCAGACAAGCCAGAAGGAGUGUCUAUUCCAAAUGGUGUGGUAACCAAUAAUUCUAGCUACAUCACAAAUGGCUACGUAGGCAAAGGGGCCGAUAACGAUGGUAGCGGCUCUGAGAGUGGAUAUACUACGCCUAAAAAACGGAAAGGCAGGCGCAACAGUGCCAAGGGUUGUGAGAACUUGAAUCUAGUACAGGACAAAAUAAUGCAACAGGAGGUCAGUGCACCAACCUUAAAACAGGAACUUGAGAGUUUCAAGCCUGAUUAUAGUGAACAGAAGGGGAACCGAAUUGAAAAUACUAAGCCUGUUUGGAAAUAUGAGGCUGGGGCUGGUGGAGCAGGCCGGGGAAAGCCUGGGCUUGGGGAUGUACAGCGAAAAAACUCUGAUGCCAAACCUGGGAUUAGCAGCAAGAAGUUUGAUGACCGGCCCAAAGGGAAACAUGCCUCGUCGGCUACAUCUAAAGAGGACUCAUGGACCUUAUUUAAACCACCCCCAGUUUUUCCAGUGGACAAUAGCAGUGCUAAAAUUGUUCCCAAAAUAAGUUAUGCAAGUAAAGUUAAAGAAAACCUCAACAAAGCAGCUCAAACCCCAUCCACGUCGUCUUCGUCAUCUUCGUCAUCUGCUGGGGAAACUCAGGCCCAAACAUCAAGUCGACUGUCCCAAGUCCCUAUGUCCGCUAUGAAAUCUGUUACUUCUGCUAGCUUCUCAAAUGGGCCAAUUCUAGCAGGGACUGAUGGAAGUGUGUAUUCUCCAGGGACCCAGCCACUGCUCUCAACUGCUGCUAGUACUGUACCAUCAACCUCCUCCGAGUCAGUACCCCAGGACAUGAGUACAACUUCAACAGCUCUCGAACAAAAGAAAUCUAGCCUUUUUAUCUACCCUUCAAAUAUGCAAACUGUGCUUCUGGGUACAGCGCAAGUCGAUUUCCCGUCGCAGACGAAUCAGCAGAACCUGGGAGAUAUCUUCCAGAAUCAGUGGGGCUUGUCUUUCAUAAACGAGCCCAGCGCUGGACCUGAAACUGUUGUGGGGAAAUCUGCAGAUAAUCAGUUAAUGGAAGUGACAUUUCAAGGGGAAUAUCCUGCCACUUUGGUUUCACAGUGUGCUGAAAUCAUUCCCUCAGGAACUGAACAACCUGUGUUUCCUAAGGCUUAUGAGCUGGAUAAACGGACUAGCCCUCAAAUUCUUAGUGCUAUUCUUAAGCCUGGGACUGCUGUUGAGGGUGGUGUCUUAGCUUUGGAGUCGCAUCACACAGGUGACCUACAAAAGGCAGACACCGGUAGCCAAGGUGCUUUAGUGUUUCUUUCAAAAGACUAUGAAAUAGAGAAUCCUCUGGCCUCUCCUACGAACAAUUUGCUAGCCUCCGCCAAAGAACAGAGGUACCAGAGAGGCCUAGAAAGGAAAGAUAGCUGGGGUUCUUUUGACCUGAGGGCUGCUAUUAUGUAUCACACUAAAGAAAUGGAAUCGGUUUGGAAUUUGCAGAAGCAAGAUCCCAAAAGGAUAAUCACUUACGAUGAAGCCAUGGAUCGCCCGGAUCAAUGAAGGUAGCAAGACGAGACUGCCUGUUAUAACCUUUCUGCAGCAUUUGUGCUGUUCGUGGGGGACAAAAGGCUUUUAUGCUCCUUCUAAAUCUUCAGUGCAGCAGAGGAACCAUAACUAGAAUCACAGGAUAAUAUAUACAAAUAUAUAUAUAGUUAUUUAAAAAUGGCAACUGAAAGUAAUUAGACUUCUUAAGGAAUCUGAAAAUUUAUUUCAACGAGACUACACACGUGAUUAUUUAAUCUCCGGUACUGAAUAGAUUUUUUUCGUUUUUUUGUUUUGUUUUUGUUUAAAGAGUGAAUGCAAGUGAUUAACGAAUACAGACUCAAUUUACAAGCCCGGUUCUAAAGUUCCUGCUGUCGUCUACAUGGGCAACAGCAACCCACUGGAGAGGCAUUUCCACUUGACAAGGUUUCUGUUUCUUGUUCUGUGACUGUAGUGACACACUAAUCACAGGGAAAUCAGGAUGAUUCACCAUCCUUCCAUCUCCGCUUUCCCUUCCACCUUCCCUAUUUGUUUUUUGGUUUUUUUUUUUUUUCUGUUCUGUUUUCCACUGAAUGCUGGAGAAACACCUUGAAGUUUGCAGAGUUUCUUUUUUUUUUCCAGAGAAUUAUAAUCCGCAUGUUUUGCCAGGAGUAAAGCAGCAAUCCUAUGCUGGGGAUGUUGUCUUAAAGCAUCAUUCUUCUGGGGGAAAGAUGGUAAUACUGCAGUUCUAGGAUGCAUGGUGAAGUCACACAGUUGACCUGGCUCCGGUUACAUGUUGGACUAUUGCAACUGAAGAGUUAUUUCAUUUUAAAAGACAACAUGCAAAAAUAAGCAAUCUGUUUAGGCAUUUAAUAUGGAAAAAAAAAAAAAAACAACAAAAAAACCACUGUUCCCACAGUUUAAUGCCAUUGUAUUACUGGGAGCAAAAAAAAAAAAAAAAAAAAGUAUCUUCUGCUUUCAACUGUAGGUGCUUCAUAUUUGCUCUGUCUGUCUCCUAACACUAAAUGUGCCGGAUUUUUUUCCCAUUUUCAUUGGAAAACUGAAGAGGAAUUGAGUUCUGCUAACUUUCACCCUUCUUGAAUUAUUUUUUUUCUCUUAAAAAUUUUUUUUUUCAAAAGAAAAAAAAAAGGAAAAAAGAAAAAAAAAAAAGAAAAAUGGGAAUUUGAAUCCUUUUCAAUUUGUCCAUAGAAUGCCAAUGGCUGGGCUUCCCGCACCUGCCCAUUGGAAAUGCUCUUUUAUAUUUUAAUGCAGUCUGUGUAUUUCUGGGCUCUGCUUCUAAUUAUCUCUUAAUAAAAAUAUAUUUUAUUACAAAAAUGGAGGGCUUAGGAAUGAAAAUAAAAAUUUAAAAAUGAAAAAAAAAAAAAAUCCCAAGGAAAGGAAAGCUUCCUAGCAGUGGUAGAGAAGGCUGAGCAGACUGCAGGCUCCAGCUGUGUAACCCGCUCUGUCCCAUUGCAGCUUGUUUAGCGCGUCCAAAUCAUCUUGGGGUUGGGUAGUUUUUCUGGGUUUUUUAAAAGGUGGAAAGUUCACAGGGUCCAGUGCAAGAGCAAGCAAUGAGUGAAGCAAAAAUGGGUUUUCUGACCUACCCAAGUUCCGUACAUACCCAAUGCUCAUUGUGGGUGUUUGUGGCCAAAUGUUGGCUCAUGUAUAUCUGGGUAUCGAGGUCAGCAGCAGCUGGUGUUUCCUAAAAUUUGACUGGAUCCUACGGGGCAUUACAGGAAGCAGAUAAGCCCAAAACUUUUGCCUACCCCUUGUGCUUAGAUUUAUCCACUUUUUUCUUUUUUUUUUUUUUGUUUUUGUUAACUAGGAGUAUGUAGCAUGCGUUUUUUAAUUGUUUUUAUUCUUUUAAUAAGAUUGUUCCUGAAUGAGACGCUUAGGUUCAUGGUGGGACAAUGAAACUUAAUUCUGUACCUUUUGUAAGAUUACUAGCUUUCUGCCACACUUAGUUUUAAAAGUUUGACUAUGGAUUGCCUACUCCAUUUUAUGUAUAAAAUACUAUAUAGUAUAAUACCGUAGUGUAAUACUAUAUAGUAAUCAUGUAUUGUAUCAGUCCAGGUUCAGAAAUGUGUGGUUGGCCAGUCGCAAAUAGUUCUGUUUCACCUAUAAACUGUACCAGCUUUACAGGUGUGUGUAACUUUCAGAUGUAUAACAUGUUUACAGAUGUGUCCGACAUCUAGUCCUCUGACGUUCCUAUUUUUAAUUCUGUUGAGUCUCCCAACUGCUUGCCAAAAGUCGGAAUCGCCUCCAGCUCUGCUGCGGAAGAGCUGGGGCGUUCCUGAGCUUUAAAGUGUUGAACAAACUGGAUGGUGGGACUGGGAAAAUUAAGGUGGAAGAAAUCUUUUGGUUUGUUUUUUUUUUUUUAAUUAUUUUCAAAAAGUUGAAGGCUAAUAGCAAAGUUUCCAGUUUGUUUUACUGGCUUUAAGGCUCUGCUGUGUAUUUAUUUGCCUUGUGUAGUCACUUGUCGCCUUAAGGGCUGGGUUCCAUUAAAAAAAAAAAAAAAGAAAAAAAAAAAAAAGAAAAAAAAAAAAAGACAAAAACAAACCCUGUUUUGCUUACCUGGGGUCUGCGCUGUCCUGGUACCCCCGCCCCCAGAUUUGCUCUCGGGGCUGGCACGAUGCAGAAGCGGAACAGCAAUAACCCAUGCUGAAUCUGACCCUGCGCGUUUAGAGAGAUCCGAGUCUUGCUGAAUAUUUGAGGACGCUCAUCUUGGCCUAGUCCAGUCUAUCUUCUAAAUAGCGAAAGAAGUGCUGAAAGAAACACAGUUCAAGUGAUGGGUUGGGUUGGUUUUUUCCCCGAUGUUCGUCCCUGCUGCUUUGCCUCGCUGCGCAUGGUCCCUUGCCGGCAGGACCCAUCCAGAAACACCCUCUGCAGCUUCUCUGCUGUAUUUCUGACCAUCCUGUCUUCAAAUGUCUGUCUGUCUGUCUCCAUGAGCUCCACGGCGUGUGCUCAGCGCUGAGCGGUUAGGAAAUUCUCUCUCUGAGCUCCUGUAGCUCCGGCUCACUGGUGCAGGCGGUAUUUCUGGGAUAGACUAUUGCCUAGAGCCAGGCAGGACCGUGGAAGAAACUUCCUCGUGCUGUCGUGUAACUCGCCCUGUCGCUGUCUGCAGUCCUCCCGAAGUCCUCACACAAUUCUUUACUGAGCACUUAUUAAAAAUUAAGAUUUAAUCUGUUUUCUGAUUAUUUUUUGUGUAAACUUAUAAAAAAAAAGGAAAAAAAAAGAAAAAAAAACUGAAAUUGAGCUGUGACUAAUUUAGCACAUUUAAAUAAUGCUAAGGUGUUACUGAUAAGUCUCAUGUUUUGUUUGUUUUUGUUUGACUCAGAGUAUUAGUACUGUAGCAUAAACCAAAUACAGCCCGGGAAGGGGUGCAGCCGCCUUCUCUCCCGGGUCUGCACCCAAGGGUGUCUGUGCGUGCGGGGGGGUGGGGUAGGGGGCAUCUUACUUGUGUAAGGAGAGCGAGCGUGUAUUUAUUUGUGCCAUUGUUUUCAUUACACUGAGUAAAGUAAGUUUUAAAACAAAACCCCUUAAAUAUGUGUAGUAUCAGAAAGUGGCACUAAGGGUGAGAUCAUGACCUAUUUUUUUAUUAGCUCUGAAGAUACUAAUUCAGGUUAAGGCUUCUCUCCCAUUUCUGUUCCCGUCGUGGGUCCGACGAGUCCCUUUUCUCCGGUUCUCUUGCCGAGGCUGUCUGUUUGGAGUAAGGAUUCCUGCACGGGCAGGGGCCGUCUCCUUUCUCCUCUGGUCUUUCCGCACCGCUCCUCCUCUGCCGGCAGGUCCUGUCGGGUGUCUCUUGUCCAGGGCCUCGCGUAACGGAGGCUGGAGUGCAUACCGCCGGCCAGAUCCAGCACGGGAUCUGCUUUCUCUUUGGUGGAUCAGGGAGUGUUUUGUCCGUUCCAAGAGAUGAUUUAAAAGCUGCUCCGUGCUCCCGUCUCUGGUGAGGGUGGUUUGGGGACCUUCAGCCUUUCCGCUCCCUCCCACUCCACCUGUCUGGUGGAUUGGCAACGCGAUGGCUUUCAAGGUUUGGUUGGAGUUUGGUUUUGGUUUAAACCCACCUUGGUUAUCCGUGAAACCUGUUUUCGUUGUUAGAAAUCUCUCGUCUCUUUGACAACGUGGGUAGCUCCAGGGCGUGGAUUCUGUCGCUAACCCACUUCAAACCGUUGCCCUUUCUGAACUGUAAAUCCCGCUGUUUGCCUUUCACAGCUGCUGUGAACUUCUUUGAAAUAUGGGGAAAAAACCCAAAUCUCAUUAGAUUGCGAGUAUGCCAGCUAUUUGGCGGCUGGGAGCGGGUGACGGGGUGAACCAGCUAGCUAAAUCAAAAGGAAAAUCGCUUCCUGCUGGGGG